AUGCUCGUCGCCAAAUAUGAGCCGGGUAAAAAAGGGUUAGUUUUUUUAAUUUCGUUGAAACAGUUUAUAAUAAUGGAAUACAAAACAUAUAAUGUUGAAGUGGGCGACUUUCUAUUCAGGCAGCUUUUCAAAAAAUAAAGAAAGAAAGGCAUUUUUGUUUGAAACAGUCAUUUGAAAAUUUUCAAUUGAAAAUAUGUGGAAGAAUAAAUUUCAUACUGUCAAACGUUAUGGCUUUGAUGAAGAGUAAGUUUCUAUAUUUAUGAUUUUCUGUAGACUGUUUUUGUACAUAUAUAGGCGAAAACACAGUCGUAAACCAUGAAUUUUUUGUAUGAAUAGUAAAAUGAAAAAUAUUUUGGCGAAUAAAGUUAUGAAAAAACAGAAUAAAGUUUUUUUUCGGAAAACAGAUGUUUCAUUUGAAUCUGCUAAUUUAUAAAUCCUCCAAAAAGACCUGUAAUUCUAUUGACAAAACAUGAGAUGGAGAAACUAAGGGACUGCUUUUUUGAACCUUAAAUUUAUGGGGUUUUCGAGGCAAUUCAAAAUCUGAACGUUUCGAUUUGACCUAUGAUUUUCAUGAAAAAUAUUAUUAACAUUUUGAAAAAACUUCAUUUUUUUUUUGUCAUGAGAACGUUCUUGGAAGAUAGGUGUGACAGAAACUUUUGUCAGACAAAUUCUAUAGAUCAACAAAGAUCACUCCCAUAAAUCAGAAUCAUUUUUUUCAGAAACAUAUCCCAUCAAAUUCCAUCAUCAAUUCGUACCAUAACAAAUACUUCGCUUAUCUCUUCCUCUUCCGAUCCAUCAUCCCAAGUCAUCAAGGCUUCUGGAAUUCGAAAUGAAGACGAAAAACCCCUAUGUACGCUAUAUGUUUCAUUUCCUGAUAAUCAGGUAAGCAAUCAUGUUUUUCUCGCUCAAGUGCAUAAAAAACACAGUUAGGUCAAGUAGUGUCGUGAAAAAAGCGACAAUUUUCACCUCACUUCCUUUCCCAAAACAUUCAACAAAAAAACCGUAAUGUUUUUUUCGUUGUUGUUAUUGUUUAUAUUGUUGUUUUUUCUGUCUCGUUACGAGGUUGAGUUGAAUAUAUUGUCACUCAUGAAUUGUUCUGUGUAUGUUUUUUGUGGUUGUUGUGGUUAAUUAUUCAGAGGUGUUUUUAUUUAAUAUUGUUAUUAGUCAUUUCAAGGUCUUUUUUAUUAGUUUUUCAUAUAGUUUUGAUGAAUAUAUGAACAUAGCCUUGGAUUCGAUUCAUACCUCAACAAGAGUUGGCAUUUCUUUAUCAUAUGACUGACUCAUCCUUAUUUAUUUUUCCAUUUUUUUUGGUUUGCCAUAAGUCUCCGUUCUUUUUGAAAAAAAGUUUAAGAAAAAACCAUCUGAUAUAAUAAAUAUAACAAAACUAAACUUAAAUAAACAUUUUUCUUCAAGAUUGUUACAAAAGCUUAUCAUUCUGCCAUUGUUUCAGUUUUUCUUUCUUCCAGAAUAAAGAAGUGACAACUUCUCAUAUUUUUUCGAAUUCGAAACCUCAAUUAUAUCCACAAACACGACGAACAGUUUAUAAAACAUCGAAACAACUCAAAGGUUAGUUUAUAGUUUUUGCUUGAUAAAAAACCCCUUUGAAAAUUCAUUUCUGCCAAAACCAUAAAAUUGAUAACACUUUUGUUGUUCCGCUUUUUCUUUUCCUCUUCUCGAUCGGAAAAAAAGAAACGAAUUUAGGAAAUGAAAUAUUAGAAAAAAAAGUUUGGAGAAGUUUUUUUCUUCUCGCUGUUCCAAAGUUUUAUUGUCAAUAAUAAUGAGAAGACGCUUGGCAUACAUUUCAUUUUUAUUGUUUACAGUUAAAAUAAUGCUAAAAUUUUUGAAGAUGAAGAAAACAUUAGGUAAGAAAGUCCGUCGCUAAAAAAAAGAAAUUUGAAAGUCUCAUGAUAAAAAAUACGUUGUUUUUUUCAUGGAUAAACAAAUAAAAAUAAAGUUUACUUUUCGACUUUAAAUUCUUUGACCAAACGAAAAAUAUAAUCAAAUUCAGAGUAGAGUAAAAAUAUGACCCUGGAAAAGUAGAAAAAUUGACUUCAAAACGGUCAAUUGAACAUCUAAGUAACAACAAAAGAAACGAAAAUCCAAUCGAAAAACGGUCAUUUGACCUCACAAAUUUAUUUUUUCUACGGCUUUCCAACAAUUUCAUUCUUUUAUUUAUUUGCAUUUAUAUUCAGUGUUUUUUUGGCUUCUUCGGUUUGCCAAAAACAUACUGUAAGUCAAAUAUUGUCACUAUUUAUAUAACGAAGAUUUUAUUAUUCUCCCUCCUCACAUCACAUUCAUAUUUAUUGAAUUUUUCUGAAACCGAUACCUUGAUCAUACAAGAAAAAUGUUAUCAAGAUAUAUGACUGAAAUCCGAGGUUCGUUUUUGUGUCUGUUUAAGUUGUAAAAAGUGCACGUUCGGGGUUUUUCGCGCAUCCUGCCUUUGUGUAUACCAAUUGCAACGCAAAUAAACUUGAGUUCAACAACAAAAUUUUUUCAGUAAAACUUUUGAUGUGUCCCAGUUUGUUUUAGGCCACUUUUGUUGGAAAAAACAUAUUUUACUCUAGAUUUUUUGAUAAUGGCUUCUUUAUCGGAUGGUGCGUUUUUCAAAUUGAAUGUUUUUGCUACGAAUAUACGAGCUUUAAUAAAUAUAAAUUUAUUAAACAUUUGAAAUCUUUUAAGAAUCGGCUGAACGGGCUGAAAAAAAUUUCCAAGAUCUGAUAGUUUUUCAAAAGUUCUUUCAAUAGAGUUUUUUUCUUGAAUAAAUUCCAAAAGCACUCUUUAAAAAAUCCCUAAAAAUGUCAACGAAAUUUUAUCAAGCUUCACUUUUCUCCAAAAAUAUUUGAAACAAAAAACCAUCGUUUGUUGAGUACGCAUUUUUCACUGAUAAAGAACACCCCAAACUUUGGACAAAAAAUCAACCAAAUAAAAAAACGAAACGAAAUGUCUCAAAUCCUCAUAAAAAAUGGGACAUACGGUUGAAGAAUAAAGAAGGAUUAUGUUUUAUACGUAUAUAUGAAUAUAAACGAAAGAAAUAACAAAAACCAGUAGUUCCUUUUUUAUAUGAUGCGGAAAACUAUAUUUUCUAGAGUUCACUUUCAGCAAGGUAGUAGUUUUAAUAGUAGUUUUCCUAUUUCCAUAAAGUGAUUUGAAAAGAAAACAAUUUUUCAGACGGGAACAACUCUCAGAUGUCUAUGACAUCUCCAUCCAUUUACACCGAUGAUGAGAUUUAUGGAAGACAUCGACUUGGAAGCACUGCAAAUACAAAAGUGAGUUUGAUGAAUCCCUGUUUGUUUCUUUGUUAUCAAAAAAUAUGUGUAGAAUUUUUCUAGUUCUCUUUUUGGAGAAGACCCUCUUCAACUGAUAAAUUCCAUAGUUUUAUUGAUGUUAUAAUCAAUUUCACUCGAUCAUAAACUCAUUGUGAGGAAUUUGGUGCUUUGCGAUCAAACAAUAUUCUGCACGCAAUCUAGUUUGAACUAUUGUGAAACUUUAACAAAAAAAAUGCAAAUGUUUAAUAAAUAGUACCAGUGUGUCAUGGUACAAAAAUAACUGAACUUCAGAAAAAAUUUAGUGACCAAAAAUGAUUUUUGAAAGUUAUAUAUAAGCAUAAUUGUUCUGUAUAACUUUGCUCUGCUUUCAACUUUUAACAAAAAAUAUUACCAUCUUCAUAUAACAACUUCAAGAACUUGAAAUGAAGAUUUCAAACUAGAAUUUGUUCCUCAUAGAGUUUUCGAGAAUUUUUCACGAACAUUUUCCGUUUAUGAUUCAACAUAAGCUUAUUAUCAACUACUUCUAAAAAAUAAAAUUUCCCUUUCUCCGAUAAUAAAAAUUAUGUGACACUAGAAUCAAAUUGCUCAAAAAUGUGUAAUCAUAAAAUGGUAGUAAAUAGUUCCUCGUGUAGAAUCGAAUUAUUUUGUUGCAUCAGCACUAUCUUUUUUCCUAAUUUGAAACAAACAAACAAAAAAGAUAGCAAAGCACGUACGGGAAGAGUGAUCCAAAAAGAAUCAAAUUUCAGACAUCAUCAACACGUUCAACACCGACUCAUCUUUAUGAUAAUCAACUUGUACAGGAAGUAUCAUUAACAUAUUCAGCGCCUUAUACAUCAGUUGCAAAACCAAAUCAACCAUUGGCAGUUCAAAUUGGAACACCAAUUGCAAACUCAAUUGAUGAAUAUUCUAGAAUCUAUGAAGAAAAUGGUUUGUCUAUUUACUUUAACAUACAUAUUUGUGGAGUACUUGAGUUCUUUGUAGUGAAUGUGUGUAAAUUUGAUUUUGAUUUCAAUUUUUUUUUCACAGUUUCAAAUAUUUUAAAGCGCUUACGCUUUUUUGAUAUUGAAAAAUGAUGACAGGUUUCAAGAUUUUACGAGGUUUGAAAUGAUAAGAAAUCUGAACGCAAACAAACAGAACUGUCAAAAUUUUGGAAAGAAUUUACUCGUUUUUUGAAAAAAAAAACAUAAUAAAGAAAAGGUCAUGCAAAUUAUCUACGAGGAACAUUUUUCGGAAAACAAAACUAGAAUUUUGAUUUUUUUUGACACAAUGCUAAAAAUAUACAUUUGUUCAACUGGUGACUAAUAAAGAACUCAAUUUUGUGUGAAUAGUAAACACCUCCGCCCUAACUUGAGCCAACUAACAGGAAAGACAAAUAAGGCAACUCAUUCUUUUUCAGGCAACAACCUUCAUUCUUAUUAUUCUGACUAUUCUGGCCAGUAUAUCUCACAAUUAGAGGCCGAUAAGCAGAAACAGAAAAAUUUGGAAUCCGUUGAGCGGCUUUUGAGAUCUGGUAAAAUUGAAACCGAGUUUCCUAGUAAGCCUUUGCCUGUGAAUUGUUAACAUCAAUACCAUCAAUUUUCAGUCAAACAUUCGGAAAGUUCACCAGAAGAAAUUCCAUAUUUUUCCGCUCAAUCAGCAAUUCAAUCGGGAAAAACAACCCCAAUUUAUACACCAAGAGCGACACCAGUUGUUGAUAGUCGCGCAUCUACCGUACGCCUUCCAAGUUCUCUUUCGCAUAAUACUAUAAUCUCUGAAAGUACAACUAUUGAAGAAUUAACCACAAUAACCACAACAAAGUAAGUUCUUGUUUUUUUUUCCUUUGAAUUGCUUUCUUUGAAGUAAAUGUGUGUAUUUUCCGAUAAUUUUCGAUAAUAUCUUGUUGUUCUACUUAUGAUUUUUUUUCGGUUUCUGUCAGUCAGCCUAGCCUUUGCGGAAUAAUUUUUGGUAAUUAUUAUUUUUCAUUAAUUUUUGUUGUAUUUUCAGCCGUCGUAAAGAUACAAGCGAUAUGCCAACAGUAAAUGCUUUAACCGAACAAUUUGAAAGAAGUGCUAAUCAUGAGAAGAAAGAAGCUUUGAAAUCAAGAAAGAGUCCAAAUUAUUCUACUACUAAUAAUAUCAAUAAUAAUAGCAAUGGGCAUGGUAAAAAUUCGAGAGUUGUAGUAAUUAAUCGUUCAAAUCAUAACCGUGAGUUUCAAAGAAAAACUUCACCAAGUUAAUAAGGAAAUCAUUUUUAGAAUAUUCAAAUAGCCAUAAUAAUAAUCGUGUACGUCAUGUUGAAAAACCAACAUAUUCACCAACUGGAAUCGUUACAACUACAAUCGUUGACAUUGAACCACCCGGUUAUGGUAGACGAGCAAGAAUUGAAGAAUACAGAGUGAGAUACGCCUCAAAAGUUAUCAAUUAUCUUUCUAUUUUUGAAAAUUCAGAUUGAAGAAGAAUAUCGGUCUACCAAAACUUAUCCAGCUGGAUAUUAUCAACAACAAAACCAACAAACUCAACAACAAACAAAUCAAAAUCAAACCAGAGAAGAGGCUGUUGAAAUGUAUGUAAGAUCUCAAUCGAGAAGUGGUGCAAAUUCAAGAUCGAAUAAUUAUGCACCAGAUACACCAUCUCCAACAGUUCGAAAUGUAAUUGAUCAAUUUGAAACGAGAAUUGAAGGUGAGUUUUGUGGGGUUUCUCACAAUAAGCUUCAAAACAAAUUUAAUGUUUUUUAUAGAAAGAGGAGGAGUUCGAUCAGUUCCCAUUGAGAAAGAGAAUAUUCCACGAUCAAUUUCUAGAGUUGAGAUGAAUGUUAGUGAUGAAAAACAAAAAGAACAUAGUUUCAAUGAGAGAGAAAUCAUUAUUCAUCGUCGGGAAGUUGAGAAACCUAGACCGGUUGAAGUUCCACUGCCAGCUCCAAUUGUUAAAACGUUUGAGGAAACUACAACAAUUAGAAUGGAAGGAAGUCCAAUGAGAUAUGAAGAAGUUCCGAGAGUUCAUUUUAAUGAAGAAGUUGAACAGAAAGUUGAAGAAAUUGAAGUUGAACCAUCAAUUAUUGAAAGUUCACCAAGAGUUCGACCAUAUCAACCAGAAUUUAUUCGAACUUAUGAAGAAGAAAUUACAACUACUGUUAGAAGAGAUGGUGGAUUUGGAAGUGAACUUCGAACAAUUGUAUCAGAUCCAGCUCCAGAUAGUGUUCCAAGAUCAUAUGCUCCUCCACCACCAACACCAGUAUCACCAGCGAUGAGUCGAUAUGAAGAAACUGUUAUUACAACAACCACUGCUUUAAUCAGCAACAAAUCUGAUGAUGAGAUUGUUAUUCCAACUGCUGAAGAUUCAGAGCCUGAAGUUAAAACUCCUGAACCAAUUCCAGAAAACACAUAUAAUAAGGAAUUUGAGCCAGAAGAGAAGGAAGAAAUCAACAGAUUGAAAAAAGAAAAAGAAGAGGAGGAAUUGAGAAGGCGAAAAGAAAUUGAAGAACAGAAGGAGAUUCUUCAAAGAGAACUUGAGGAAAAACGAAAACAACAAGCUGAUGAAACCUAUGAGCAAUUCAAAAAAUUAUAUGAUCGAACAAUCAAAGUGAAUACACAAGAAGAAUGGUCAACUACAACUAGAAGAAGAGAUCGAUCACUUCCACCAACAACAACUUCAUCAAAUGUUAGUUUCUGAAAGUAUUCUUUGUUCUCUAUUGAACUCGUGAAAAAAAAUGAGCAAAAAAAAACUAGGGAUUUUUUCUCCAUUUGAUUAUUAUCAUGUCCUGCCUCUUUUGUGUCAUUAAGCAUCUUUAGUACCAAAAUCAAAAACGUAUUUAAAUCGGCACCGAUAACAUUUCUUCGCAUUUUCUGUUUUUUCUUUUUUUUUUUAUUUGGAGUGGGAGUUGAUACGGUAUUAAGAGAAUUGCUGAUUUUUUUUUGAAAUUUCAGUUAGAAACACCAAAAAUGAGUGCAGGAUAUGGAAUCUCUGGUUCUCAUUCAUCUCACGUUGUAAGUUUUUAGGCUGUAGAAUUAGAAUCAAGAACUAUCAUAAAAUGUUUCCAUAAGUAAACAACUUUUUUUAGGUUGAGACUGUUGAAUCAUCUCAUCAAUACGUCAGAGGAGCAACUGAAGUAGUAAGAGUAGAAAUAUUUAGUGGAAAAAAUCACAUUCAAAUUUAGGGAUCAAAUCUCUACUCAGCAUAUGACUCAAUUCGCGGAAGAUCUUCAUCAAGAAAUGCUGAUCGACUUGCUUCUGCCGAUGUUCGUUCGAUUUCAGAAGGUAAACAAAAAGGGGUUGUUUCUUAUCAGUAGUUUUUUUCUGAAAAAAGGAGUGGAAUUCCAAUUACGACCAAUUACUGAUAAUUGAAAAAUGGGCGGGCGGGACUGAGAGCGAAAUAUAAAAAACGGUGUGCUCGAAUUUUAUCAGUUCUUGAUUUUUGAGCACUCUCAAAAAAUUAUGUCGACUUAUUACCAACAAUAUUCAGGACGCACCUAUAAUGCUUAUGGAACAAGUGGAUAUGGUCAAAUCCAAAGUGGUUUCACCACUGGUGGCGGAGCUAUUUGCACCAGCCAUAUUCGUGAUGCUCGUGAACGUGAGAAGAGAGAAAUUGGAAUGUUGAAUGAUCGCUUGGCCGAUUAUAUCGAAAAGGUUUGUUCUUUAAUAAAUAAAUAAAAUGAGGUUUUCUCAUUUUUUUUGUUUUUCUAGGUUCGAUUCCUUGAAGCCCAAAACCGUCUUCACAGCACUGACAUUGAACAUCUCAGAAACGGAUUCAAAGGACAAGGUUCAAUUUCUGGACUUUUUGAACAUGAAGUCAGAGUGAGUUUGAUUGUACAAAAAUAAUAUGUAUGUAUAUUUGUGCACAUAUAUUUUAUCACUCUUUGAAAAAAGGCAAGAAAAUUGAAAAAAUGCCUAAAUUCUUUGUUUGAUAAGAUAACAUUGCAUUGUUUCAGCAAUCGAAAACUGUUAUCGAACAAAUUGUCAGCCAAAGAGCCCAAUUUGAACGUGAAGCUGGAACAUUGACUGCUCAAAUUGAAGAACUCAAAGGAAAACUUUCGGAUGCUAUCGGAAACAUCAAGGGACAUCGCACAAACUUUGAUGUUGAUUUGGAGCGUUUGGCUCAACUCGAAGCUGAAAUCGCUUUGACCAAGAGAAAGAUCAACAUUGUUGAAGAAGAUGUUAUCAGAGUUCGAAGAGAAAAUGACAAUGUUCUCAGAGAUAUUAGCCGUAUCCGUGGACUUAUUCAUCAUGAAGCCGCUGGAAAGAACGAGCAAAGUCUCAGAGUUCAAGAUUUACUUCACCGUAUCAACGGAUUGAAGACUGAGAACAGCUCUAAGAUUGAUGUCGAACUUGAAUUCAUCAGACGUGACACCACUUCCGAGAACCGUGAUUACUUCAGACGUGAACUCCAAGCUGCCAUGCGUGAUAUCCGUGCCGAUUAUGAAGCUGUAAGUGUUAAACUAUCAUCAUAUUUAAGGUUUCAUAUUUUCAGAGAUCUCAUGCUACCCGCGUUGAACUCGAAACUUGGUAUCGCACUACCAUUAGCAAAUAUCAACACGUCGCAAGACCAGUUGAAAACCGUGAACAACUCCUUGAGAUUCGCAACACCCUCAUCAGUGUCAAACAACAUUUGUCACAAGUUGAAAACAGAGUGAGUCAGAAACAAAAAAAUGUGUUAUUUUAGUUAUAAACUUUUUUAGAACCUCCUUCUCCAAAGACAAAUCGAAGAUUUGUCCCUUCAACUUACCAGCGAUCACAAGGAAUAUGAAAUUGGAUUGCAAGAAAAGGAUGCGUUGAUUGCCAAGAUCAGAGAGCAAAGUCAAGAAUUGGUUAUUCAAAUGGAGAAAUUGUGUGAAAACGAAAUUGUGAGUUCUUCAAAAAUAUAUUUGAGAUAAUCAACUAUUUUAUUUGCAGACCCUCCGUGCUGAAAUCGAAAGAUACCGCAAUCUCCUCAAUGGAGCCAACGUUACCACUUAUGUAUCUCAAGGAUAUGCAUCAACUCCUUCUCGCACACGAGUUAUUGAAACAACAACCACAACUCACUCGUCAUCAAACUCUCAAUACUCUGGAAUUGGAGCUUCAGCUGUCCAUCAAAUCGGAAGUGGAGUUGGAAGCGUCUUAGGAGGCGGUUCGUAUACAGCAUUACAUCAUUCAUCUCACCAUUCAACUUCCCAUUAGUUGCAUUUCUUUUGACUUUUGAAUGGUUUUUUGUGUUCUAAUAUCAAUUUUCAAGCAGCUUCUUGUCCAAUUGUGAUAUAUUUACCUUUGAAAUGUUAUAACCGUAUAUAUCUUUCAUUCAUUCAUUCACCAAUUACUCAAAAUUCACAAAAAUUACACUAAACAUCUAAUUUUUAGAGCCGAUCUUGAUUAGUUAGCAAUUUGAAAGUCGCUUUCCUUUGUUGUUUUUUUUUCUUUCAAAGUGUUGUUAAUACAAUACCAAUCGUCAUUUCCUAUUGUCUUUCUGUUAAGAUAAUUGUGAUUUGACACAUGGGAUUGUCGAUCACAAUUUUCUGACUGUCAUUGUUAUCGUUGCUUUCUAGAAUUUGUUGAUAUUUUAUGUGAAUUUUAUUGUUUCAAACUAAUAAAUGCUAAUCAAGAUCUGGUUUUGUUUUUGGUUUUUGAACUACAAUUUUUAUAAACAGAAUGAGAAGCACGAAUAAAGAUAUGAAUGAAUCUACCUUUGUUCGUUAUUUUCAAACAUUUUGAUGUUAAAUAUUCAAUUUCAAACCACUAAUUGUAAAUAGGUAUUUUUCUAGCGGGCACACAAAAACCUGACCGAAUUCACGAUGAACAAAGUGAAGAUGAGAACGGUAGACAAUAUCAUAGUUGGUACAAGGGAACAAUCCGCGUCAAGGUUGUUUAUUCAAAUCUUGACAAAAAUCUUCAAUUUCAAAAUUUCAGACAGUGACACCAGAUUAUAUUGAGCUUGAAAAUAUUUGCAAGAUUCGUCUUGUUGAUGUUGGAGGAUUCAGAGUUGAACAUCGUGUGAAUGGAGUUCUUCAAGGAAGUGUGACUAUCAAUCAAUCUUUGGUUCUUUCUCCAAAACAAACAUUGAGGGUAAUAAAAUUGAUAUAUCAACAAAAAUGCAAUUUGAAAAAUCGAAUUUUUUCCAGAUUUUCACAUCUAGCCAUGCUUCAUUGAAUGGUGAAUUCAUUAUCAAUGUUCGUCAAUUCGAUGCUUCAAUCAAUUCAAGAACAUCAAUCUUUAAUGCCACUGAACCAAACGAGGAACGCGGAUGGUUCAUUUAUUUGUCUUAA